AUGAAGUACUCAAUCCUCACCUCUGUCGCCGCCCUCGCAGCAUCUACCUCUGCUCUGGGCAUCAACUGCCGCGGCUCCGGUCUCUGCCCAUCAGACGGCGCCGCGGGCAACCUCAUCAACCUCAAAGCCAUCGUGGACAACAUUCAGGACCGUAAUCGCAGAUACUCGACCGGCCAGCAGAUUGCCUGCACUGGUUCCCUCUGCGCGUUCUACCAAAACGGUGCGACUGGUACCGCUGGGCAAACAUCCGGUUUCCUCCAGGACUUGCUCAACCACGGGUGCAAGAAGUGUGGUUCUGUGCCUACGCAGCCUGGUAAUGAUGUGAGCAAGGGUGAGCUCACUGUUAAUGUUGUUGGAGAUCCUCACUGUCAGGGUGCUUGCUAG